GAGGCAGCAAUGGGCUGGACUAUGACUCUGAAACAUGCCUUUGGUUUCAUUGCCUGGAUACAGCCAGCAAGGACCUACCUCAGCUUCUAUCUGCUCUUGUCUCAAUUUUUCUUGUCAGUCCAGCCAGGAAUUGUGUUUCCAAAUGACCAUAAUUUCUCAUGGAAAGCAGGGCAGUGGGGUCAGUGUAUCGGGGAGAAAUGUGGUUCUGGUGGGGUUCAGACAAGGACAAUAUGGUGUGUCCACACAGAGGGUUGGACUACCCACUAUUCUCACUGCCAGCACAUAGACAAGCCAGAAAGGCAACAGGACUGCUUUAAGGUCUGUGACUGGCACCAGAACCUCUUUGAAUGGGAGGUGUCAGACUGGGGCCGCUGUGUUCUUGUCCCUUUUUUUUUCAACAAGCUCAAUCUUCGAACUACUGAGUGUAUUACAGCACAGCAUGGCAUUCAGGGGCGCAAAGUCAACUGUGUACGCACUUUAAAUCGUACCACUGUCACUGCGAGGAUAUGUGAGUUUUUUUCCCCAAAACCCCCUGCAGAGCAGGCAUGCCUCAUCCCCUGCCCACAGGACUGUGUAGUGUCAGACUUUACCUCCUGGUCAAGAUGCAGCAAAACUUGUGGUGCUGGCCUGCAACACAGGACUCGAUAUGUCCUGGCCACACCACUGUAUGGUGGAACAACCUGCCCAAACCUGACUGACACAAGGUCUUGUUUUUCCACUGUUCACUGCCCCAUCGGAGAAAGUGAAUACCAGUACAGCCUUAAAGUCGGGGCUUGGAGUCAUUGCAGACUCCUACAUCACAAGGAUGCCCUGGUAACAGACAGGACUACAUUGGACUCCAACACCAGCUCUGAAAACAACACAAUCACACUGCACAAAGAAGCUCAGCACCCCUUUCGUCAGCACCAACAGCAGUCUCUGUCACACAGGCACCCAAUGUCAUGGGAACUGGAGGUGGGAUACCGUACAAGACAAGUCAGCUGUACACGAAGUGAUGGCAAAAGUUCUAUGCUGAGUCUCUGUACAAAGGACAACUACCCCUUAACCUUCCAGACUUGUGUGAUGCCAAAAGACUGUCAGAUGUCUGAUUGGUCAUUGUGGAGUCCAUGCUCAAAGACCUGCCGGUCCACUGACCUGUCUCCCGGUUACCGCCUACGAUCAAGGAUUAUGACACACAUCCCAAUUGGAGGGGGAAAACAAUGUCCCGCUCUUGAGGAAAAAGAAGCUUGCAACAUCAUAGGAGAUUUACUUCCAAAGUGCCCAAGGUUUGUGUGGAAGACCACUGACUGGGGGGAAUGUCGCAUUCUCCCUUUAUUGAGCCAGUGGGACCGCCGGCUGGGUAACAUCAGUAUUCUAUGUGGAGGGGGUAUCCAGAGCAGGAGGACAUACUGUGUUCAAGUCUCUGAUGAAUCAGCUGCACAUAACAGGAAGGAGGUUUCCAGGCCUGUGAAUGCAAGGCUGUGCACUGGUGAGGAUCCCCCACCAGCUGUCCAGAAUUGUUCCAUCCCUUGCCAGCACCUCUGCCUGCUUUCUCAGUGGUCUCCUUGGGGUCCCUGCGUUUAUGAGAACUGCAAAGAACCACAGGGGAAGAAAGGUUUCAAAAAGAGGAGGAGAGAGGUUUUGUGGGAGUCCAGCAGUCCUCCAGAGACCUGCCCUCAUCUGAUUGAGUUCAUCCCUUGUGACAAUCCUGCCUGUUCCCUGUGGAAGGUCCAAGAAGAAGCAAGCUGCAUUCCCAAUAAAAGCUACUGUGGUCCUGGAACUGUAGCCCUAAAUGUGUCCUGUGUCAGUGCUGAAGGAGAAGAUGUUCAUAUUGCCCACUGUCCAGAUGAUCCUCCCCCCAAAGAAGUGGCCUGUGAGGUGGCCUGUCCUGCAGACUGUGUGGUUGGCUCCUGGUCUCUCUGGUCGCUCUGCUCCCACAGCUGCGCUUCCAAGUCAGCAGAAGGUCGACAGAGCCGCACUCGUACUGUGUUGGCAAUUCCAGGAAAAGAAGGGAAGAAUUGUCCAGCAGCUUCAGCCCUCGAGGAGUGGAGGGUCUGUAAUGACCAUCCUUGUAUGGUGUUCUACUGGGAGGCCUCAGCCUGGGGCCCGUGUAUUGAAGAUGCCUCAAUGAAUAUCAAUGGAUCCAACUUCUGGAAUGGGACCCAUUCUUGUGCGAUGGGUGUUCAGUUCCGUGAUGUGAGUUGCAUGAAGAUGAACGUUGGACCUGUCCAAAGUAAAAGAUGUUCAGAUUCUGCUCGUCCAGAAAACAUCCAACCCUGUUUGCUUCCCUGCGAGAAAGACUGCAUCGUUACACCCUUCAGUGAAUGGUCAGCCUGCCCAUCAGCCUGUAUGCCAGGUAGCUGUUGCGCGCAACAGCACUGCCACCACACAGUCUUCAUUCAGAUGUUGGCAAAUGGAGGUCAAGAGUGUCCUGACACCCUGUAUGAGGAGAGAGAGUGUGAAUCACUUCCUGUUUGUCCAGUGUAUAGGUGGAGGACACACAAGUGGAACAGCUGUAAACUGGUUCAAGAUUCAGUUCAACGUAGAUUACAUGGACCAGGAGAAGCCUGUGGAAAUGGUGUAGAAACAAGAGGAGUCAGUUGUGUUGAGGAAAGUGGGGAAUCCGCCAAUAUGACAGAAUGCCUGCAAUGGGCUGGCCCCUCCCCUCAAAUAAGACAGUGUCGGGUGGCUUGCAAGGACGACUGCACCCUAACGGCAUGGUCCAAGUUCUCUGAAUGCUCUGGGUGUGGCAACUUCCGCAGCCACAAACGUUCACUUACAGGUCGCAGUAAAAAUAAGAUGCAUUGCCUCAAUGAGGAGUUGUACCCUCUGGAGGAAACGGAGACCUGUCCCUGUGAUGAGUUUUUGUCCCAGCCCUUUGGGAACUGGUCUGCUUGCAUCCUCCCUGAUCCUUCAGCUCCCAGCCAGCAGGGCUGGUUUGACCAGAGGGAAAUAAAGCAGUGUGGGCAAGGCCUGCGAUACAGAGCUGUGGCGUGCAUUGACCUGCAGGGACACCUGGUCAACCCCACUCUCUGUACAGAAUCCGGCUACAUGGUGGAGUUCUGUCACAUCCCUUGCCCCCUAGACUGUAAGCUCAGUGACUGGUCACCCUGGUCAUCCUGCAGUGCAUCCUGUGGCAGCGGGUUAAAGAUCAGGUCCAAGUGGCUGAGAGAGAAAGCUUUCAACGGGGGACGCCCAUGCCCAAGGCUGGAUUUAAAAAAUCAGGCUCAGGUGUACGAGGCUGUGAGGUGCCACAAUGAAUGCAGCCAAUAUGAAUGGAGGACGGAGCCCUGGUCUAUUUGUACCAUCAACACUGUAGAUGACCAGCUGGGCUGUGAAGAGGGAGUCCAAAGCCGUAAAAUUAGGUGUGUGAAGAAAGGAACAGGAGGUGAAGCAAGCAGUGUGGAAGAGAGUCUGUGUGAUCAUGAGGAAACACCAUCCACAGCCCAGGUCUGCUUUCUGGUCUGCCCAGGCGACUGUGUCACUACAUCCUGGGGACUUUGGAGCAACUGCCCACUGCAAUGUGACCAAGGAACAACAAGGAACAGGAGCAGACACAUCCUCCGCCUCCCAGCCUCGGAAAACUCGUCCUGUCCAGAGCUGGUCCAGUCAGAGCCCUGUAUCCUCAACAGCACCUGCUUCACCUACCAGUACAGAGUCUCAGACUGGAGUACAUGUCAUCUGAGUGAACAUGCUAUCUGUGGUUGGGGAUUACGGUUUCGGCUCUUGGACUGUAUUCGCAGCGAUGGUGGGAUUGUGGAAUCGCAAAAGUGCGAGCAGUUUGGUCUGAUCAACGAGUGGAGGCUUUCUGAGAGCUGCAUGGUUGACUGUCCUGUCAGCUGCAUACUCUCAGAUUGGUCACCGUGGGCUGACUGUUCACACACCUGUGGAAGCAAAGGUCAGCAUGUGCGCACUCGGAGAAUCCUGCAGGAAGCUCACGAAGAGGGUCGUCCCUGUUCUAACCAGCUCAGCCAGACCAAGCCAUGUCCCAUAAGGCCUUGCUAUACAUGGAUUUUAAGUGACUGGUCUCCAUGCUCUGUCGAGGCUGCAAAGUGUGGUGAGGGAAUUCAUGGAAGGAACCUGACAUGUGUUGUCCAUGGGGGUGACUGGCCUAAAUCUUCUCCUCAGCCUGUGAAGGGAGAGCUUUGCGGAGAUGAACUUAGACAGCAGCUCAAACAGGAAAUGGAGCAGCCCUGCUUCGUUCCCUGCCCAGGAGACUGCCAUUUGACUGUGUGGUCAUCUUGGAGUUCUUGUCAGCUGACCUGCCUGGAGGGGCGGAGCUUUGAGACCACCGGUCGCCAAGCUCGCUCUAGAGCAGUAAUCAUUCAGGUCAUGGAGAACCAGGAGAGCUGUCCAAAUCAAAUCUUUGAGACCCGCCCCUGUAAAGGAGGAAAAUGUCACAGCUACCAGUGGAGGACAGGAGGAUGGAGCAACAAUGAGAGGGAAGUGUGGUGUCAGCGCUCGGAUGGUGUCAAUGUAACAGGGGGUUGUUUCCAACAGAAAAAGCCGACUACAGUCAGACACUGCCAUCCUCUGUGCACCAAACCUUUUUCAUACUGCACACCGAGCGGUGUGUGUGGGUGUGAGAAGGGUUACACUGAAGUGAUGACCAUGCAUGGCUUCUUGGACUACUGCACCAGAACCCCGGGGGUAGACAACAACAAGAAAGCUGAUGUGAAAACCAACUCUGGAAGAUUAAAACCCGGGCCGUCUCAGGCUCAGGACCUCUUCAGGGAGUGGACCUUACGACCUGUUGGACAAGAUGGAAGAGUAAAGCUUUGGGUUUACGCUGUGACUGCCGUUGGAUUCAUCUUUAUACUCUUCAUUAUUGCAUUGUCAUUCCUGGUCUGCAACCCAUCCAAAACCACUAAGACAUCCCUUCCAUCCCAGAAACCCUUGACUCUGGCCUAUGAUGGGGACAUGGAUAUGUAAGAACAUGCCCAGCUACAGACUGACCAACUACUGAAUGUGUUCAAUGAGCAAUCAAGUCCAUAACAUACCGCAGCUUUUUGGGAAGUUUACAAGCUAGGUGGCUGUUUGCUGUAGAGCCAAUAUUGACAACAUGCAUUCGAGGAACUCUGAUUCUUGUUGAAAGGCAAUAAGCUCAUAUUCUGCCUGUAGCAAUGUAUUCUCCCUGAAGAAGAGGAACCAAAGCCAAACUUGGUGAAUAAGUUAAGGGUGUCUAGGCACUUUUAUCAAGGGAUCUAGGCAUAGGAUAUAAAUGGUUGUAGUUUGUCUUUGUUGACUGUUUGCAAUGUGAACACACAGUGGAAGAACUGUUUGCAACCCAAAAAUCACAAAGACUCUUGAGAAGGAAGAAAAAACAAACCAGAGAUGCCGAAUUUUGAGAAUGUCUUUUUGAGAAAGACAGAAUAACAGAACAUUUGACCUUCGACUUUGUUUCAUCAGUUCUGAAUCUUUGAAAAAUACAACGUCGCAAGCCUUGUACAACAAACUUUCUUUUAUUUGUGAGACAAAACAGGAUGCUAUAUGCACUACAUUAGUGCUAAUUCACUAUUGUUUUUAUUUCAUUCCAACAGACUUUUCUAGUGUCCAAUUGUGAUGCAAGUGGUUGUUGUUAGAUUGUGUUUUGUUGAUGAUGCCGUAUGUUGAAUUAUGUGGAAACCAAAAGCAGACUUUUCUCUUCCCUGAUUAUCUUAUGACUCUGUAAAAAAUGUAACUUUAUUAAGAGACACCAUCAAAUCUUCUAAUUUCUAACGGUACUUGCAGACAUUCAGUCAAGAAUGAACAGAAAUUAUGUAUUUUAAUUCCAAUAAUCAAAUACACCAGCAUGACAAAGAUCAUACCUCAUAUACACCUUUUCCUCAAAGGAUAACAGUUCCGAUCAUUCAGACGGAUAAAUACAAUAGAAAUUAAAUUUGCCCUCUAAAUCUGAAACUGUUUUAUGAGCAAAUUUUCUUUUUGCUUAUUAAAUACUCUAAAGACAGGGCUUAAACCCAACAGACAGCAAAUACAAAAUAUGUGGAAGCACAUAUUAAAUGAAUGAGCUGAUUCUAUUUUUUGUGUUUCUGUAAAACAUUUCUUUAAUUACUUUUUUUUGUAUUUUUGUAUUUUUUUUAUUUUAACUUACAGUUCAUACCUCUGAUUAUAGCGCAAAACAUCAUCCCAAAGUAUGAGAUCAUUUAUGGUGGUUGUACUGUGGUAAGGAAUUGACUUGAUUUUAAGCAUACACUUUCUUUCUUCUUCCAUAAUCUAAGGAUUUAACUUUUGUUAUCUGACCCUCCUGAAUGUAUUUUCUGUAACUGUAUAUCUUAAUAUUUGUACAAAUACGGUUGUUACAUGUUGUAACAAUUGUAUUUUAACAGCUGAUUGUAUUUAGGCAUGCUUUAACCAUUUUUGCUGAAAGCGCUCCGAGUAGCCUUGCAAAGAAUAUGUAUUACAGGUUGCCAAACAGGUAAGAAUAGACCUGUUUAGCCACCUGUAAUAAGUGAGGUCAAUGUGAAAUUCAGUUGUGAAACACAUCACCAUUUCUAGAUAAUGUGAUCAUCUCUUUUCAAACUAACUGGGUAUUUUUCCAGUAUUAAACAAAGACCAAUCCUCUUCUGAAAAUCAAAAGAUGUUCACUCAAUUUUCACAAUGCCUUGCUCGUGUGUGACUAGUGUGUGUAAAUGAAGAGCAGGAUAAAAAAUGCUAAUAAAUUGUGAAACUGUGUGGAAGCAAAA